AUGGCUUGUUUGCCAGAGAAGAUGUCUCUUCAGAUGGUAUCUACCAUUCAAAACUCUUCCCUGAUCCAACCAGGUUUUUCUUUGCUCAACUUUGAUGGUCAAGUUUUUUUGUUUGGGCAGAAAGGCUGGCCCAAGAGGUCCUGUCCUACUGGGAUUUUCUUGCUUGAUUUCAAAAAGGAUGAGCUCAAACUAAAGCCAGCAUACUUCUCCAAGGAUUCUUGCUACCUCCCCCCUUUGCGGUACCCUGCAAUCUGUACUCUCAACGGUAGUGCAGUGCUGUCUGAAAAAUGUCAAUAUAUCAUCCACGGAGGAAAAACGCCCAACAAUGAACUUUCUGAUAAGAUGUACAUCAUGAGCAUUAUCAGCAAGAACAGUAAGAAGGUCACAUUCAGGUGUACUGAGAAAGAAUUGGUUGGAGAGGUACCUGAAGCAAGAUAUGGCCAUUCCAUCAAUGUCGUUCAUAGUCAAGAUAAAAAUAUGAUUGUCAUAAUUGGAGGAAGGUCAUACAUGGCUGUUGAACAAAGGACCACUGAAAAUUGGAAUGCUGUAGUUGACUGCAGGCCAUAUGUAUUUCUGAUUGACCCUCAAUUUGGAUGCUGCACCUCAUAUGCUUUCCCAGAACUUCAGAGCGGAUUCUCUUUUCAUCUCUCCCUUGCCCAUAAUGAUACCAUUUAUAUAUUGGGAGGCCAUUCCAUUGAAAAUAACACCAGACCCCCAAAUCUUUAUAGAAUAAAAAUUGACCUUCCUUUAGGGAGCCCAGCUGUGAGCUGCUGCUUCUUGCCUGGGGGAAUUUCAGUAUCUAGUGCAAUCAUGACCCAAACUGGAGACCAUGAAUUUGUCAUUGUUGGGGGCUAUCAUUCUGACAACCAGAAAAGAAUGGUUUGUAAUACAGUCCGCCUAGAAGAGAACAAGCCAGAGAUUUUGGAAAGGGAGACCCCAGAAUGGACCCAAGAAAUCAAGCACUGCAAGAUAUGGUUUGGGAGUGACAUGGGAAAUGGGGCUAUACUAUUUGGUAUUCCAGGAGACAACAGGCAACUAAUUUCAGAUGCAAACUACUUUUAUGUAUUGAAAUGUCAAGGAGAAAGUGAUCAGGACUCAGAACAGAUGGCACAAAUGUGCAGUCAAAGUUCUACAGAAGAUGGAGGAGAAUCUACUCCUUUCGAAGACUCAGAGGAAUUCUCCUUCAGCUUUGACUUUACUGAUAUUGACACCUAUAAUGAAGAUGAUGAGAAAGAUGAUUCUGAUACUGGCUACUGGAUCACCUGCUCUGCAGGAUGUGAUAUUGAUAUCAACACUUGGGUGCCUUUGUAUUCAACAGAACUCAACAAGCCAGCAAUGAUCUUUUGCUCACAUGGAGAUGGCCACUGGGUCCAUGCUCAAUGUAUGGAUCUAUCUGAGGAGACACUUAUUCACCUUUCAGAGGUAAACGUCAAGUAUUUCUGUACUGAGCACAUCAGUUUGGCCAGGGGACUACAAACCCCCAGAGAGACUCCUCCUUUAGCAAAGACACCCAUGAAAGCAUUGCGGCGGAAAAAGAGUAUGAAGGUUGUCACACCUACAAAAAAGUCUUUUAUUCGGAAACUGUUUGAAUGA